AUGGAGCCAAAGUACUAUACUCAAUCACCUCUCAUCAUCUUAUUUUUCUUCCUCCUUUGCUUCAACUUUGCACAAGCCGUUUGCAAGCCUCGGAAUUUAAACUUGAGGUACCUAACUAUUCCCUCUACAUCACCAAAUUCUCCUUCAAACUCGCAGCCGGCUAUGCCCCCUACUAAGCCACAGCCGGGUCAAUUCUUCCCUUCAUGGCGCCCAGCAGGUCCUCCACCAAGCCGUACUGCAUCAGCCCCAAACCCUUCUUCACAGCCUCCAGAAAAACCACCUCCUGCUGGCAAUUCUAUUUCUCUUUCACCUUCCUCCACAUCCUUUCUUCGCCACCCUUCUGAUAAUCCCAAAGACAGCCCGCGCAGCAACCUCUUUACACAGUCUACAUAUCCCAAAUCAGCUUCAUCUUUUGUCCCACCUAACCCAGCAAUCCAACAAAUAUGCAAAAACACUGACUACCCUGAUAUUUGCGUCUCAUCUGUGGCCCCUUUCCUACCAUUAGUACCCAAGCUGGACCCUGUAGCUGUGCUUGAGAUGACAAUCAAGGCAGCCACGACGCAUGCCAAGUUGUCGCUAGCCGCGGCCUCAAAACUUGCGCUGAUGAAUAACAUUGCCCGUGGCAAAGCCGCUGCGCUCAGCGAUUGCAAGGACAUGUACGGUGAUGCCUUGGAUGGCCUUCAGAGUGCAAUGGAUGCAAUCCAGAGCCGUGACAUUGGCACGAUCAAUAGCAUGCUCAGUGGGGUGGUAACAGAUGCUGUGACAUGCGGGGAUGGGUUUGAAGGAGAGAAUUCUCCAUUAGGGGAUUAUGAUGACAAGCUUCACAAGAUGGCCAGCAAUUGCCUUGCCAUUGCUUCCUUGAUCAAGUGA